UACACAUGCCGCAUUCAACGAGUUAGCAAGUCUGACAUUUCUGAGUUUAGUUCCGAAUAGCAUAUGAACUAGUCACAUUUUGCCUACCGAAUGUGACAGGCUAUUGUCGGCCUAUCUGAUGUUGGCCCAUACCUUUCUACAGAUGCUGCCAUAAUUCAUAAUUUCGCUAAUUAGUGAUUCGAUAAAUGGUCACAGUUAGCCUAAUUGUUUGUGUGGGGUGAUUGGCUCAUCUUCUGCUAUUCCGGGGUUCAUAACAACACUGAUCACAUACCGCUGUUAUCAGCUUCCUUCCAAUCUAUCGCCACAUUGAUCAGUAUGACCUCUGAAUGUAGCGUCGCCAUCGAACAGGACAACGACGGUGUUGAGGACACCGUUGUAGUGAAGAGAGACAGUGUGUUAACCACUGUACUCUGUCGCCUGUCACAGUUUUGGCCUGUCAGACUAGCGAUGCGUGCUCUCCGUGGGUUUUGGUGGCUGUUGGGUUUCUCCCCUUCAGAUGAGGCUUUUGUUCCUCCAGAAGAGGAUGACAAUCCUAGUCCAGCCCGCCACUGUCUAGCAGGCCGCAAGCGUCUGCGUCGAGCCACACGCAUCCUGUUGGCCAUCCUGCCUCGCCGUCUGCAGAGCGCCCUGGGCUACCCUGUGUGCACUAGCAUCGGCUCUGUUGUAUCCCCAGAGGUGCUUUGCUCCCCCACUAAGCUCUGUGGGAAAGGCAACAAGAGGAAGCAGGAUGACAUUGAUGAUGACGAGGAGCAGCAGACCUGGGUCGAGGCACUCUCUCAGGAACUAGAGGAUGAGGAGUCAUCUGUUGAUCCUGACUAUGAGCUGAGUGCAGUGGAUACUGACAGUGAGGAGUAUAACUCUCAAAAUGACACAGAAAGUGACCUUGAUCUUUCAGGGAAGGUCGUGAUCGACGACCUUAAAACGGUACAGAAAUGUUCCUCAGACGGCAUAGUGGAAGGUGGCAUUUCAGGUGUGCCACCUUCAGUUUUAUCACCACCUGUAAGCCUCCAGUGCCAGUAUACACUUUUUGUUUGUAAUUGACAAAAUAAAAAAUUCAUCUUUAUGUGCAGGUUUAUUGUGCUUAGUAGCUUCAGACAUGCAGUGUAAUAACUGACCAGGAGAUGGCAAUACUAGAUUCUUGUUUUAUCCUGAAACAUCUAGCAGUGUUGACAAGUGGAUUUGAUGGUUGUCACCAUAUGUAUGGAAACAUAAGAGGUUCAUGGUUAACACUUGUACAGUGAGUUGCUCCUUGACCCCCUAAGUCUCUGUCAAGUAAGAUCCUAGUUGAGCUGUAGGAAUGGACUUGUAUACUGACUAAGGCCUGUUCCAUUCAGUCUACUUACACAUGCAUAUUAAAACAUACAUGUACUUGG